CAGUCCCGCCUUUCUGCCCCUGCCAAAUAGUGACUCCUCGUGGGUGGAGGCACCGGAUGUUCCUGCUAAAUACUGACUCUGAACGCAUCACUGUUUUUCUCUCAGACAGACUUUUUAACAGCAGCUUAAGCAUUGUUAUUGUCAGACUUGUAUUUAGGGACACCUUAUUGUCUUUCUAAAACAGACUCUAAGUUUAAAAAGUCGCUGCGUUCCUAAAACGGUCUCUGCAGUGUAGUGCUGUCUCGGUCCAGCAGGGGGCGCGUCGCUCUCUGUGUUUACAGUUGAAGUGAAGCUGAUCCUGAGUCAGAUCGGUUUCAUUUUUUUCAAACGAUGACAGGCGGAGGCGGAGCUGAGCCAGUAAUCGUUUUGCUUACCAGGACAGCCAAGAAGGGCGGGUUCUGCCCACUGUAUCACAAAAGAAGCGUCUCCGCCCCUGUGACGUGACCCUGUGUAUAAAACCAAACGGACAGGAGGUAAAGUUACAAUCAAAGCGGAGGAAUUCUGAGACAAGCGAAAGCAGAGCGACUCUCCAGCGGACUUCUAGUGCGAACCGGCCCACAUGCGAGCAGCCCAGCCACCACGGAGCUUCAGUCACACGGCGGGACACCCUGGAAAAGACGGACCCAUCUCAGGAGGAUGUCCAGUUCCGAGGACUGGAGCUGAAAGUCGUUACGGCAAGAUGUGAGGCGCCCCGGGCGAAAGCGGACACCGAGGCCAGCGGCAGGAUGUUGGUCCGGAGCUCGCUGGGUCGGACCCGAGCCAGCGUGACCCACGCGGUGGUGGUGAUCUUCCUGGAGUUCUUCGCCUGGGGGCUGCUGACCACGCCCAUGCUGUCGGUUCUGCAUGAGACGUUCCCAAAGCACACCUUCCUGUUGAACGGCCUGGUCCACGGCGUCAAGGGCUUCCUGUCCUUUCUGUCGGCUCCUCUGAUUGGUGCUCUGUCGGACGCCUGGGGCAGGAAGUCCUUCCUCCUCGUCACCGUCUUCUUCACCUGCGCCCCCAUCCCCUUCCUGAAGAUCAGCCCCAGGCUGUACUUCGCUCUGAUCGCCGUGUCGGGGAUCUUCGCCGUCACCUUCUCCAUCAUCUUCGCCUACGUGGCCGACGUCACCGAGGAGCGGGAGAGGAGCACCGCCUACGGCCUGGUGUCGGCGACCUUCGCGGCCAGCCUGGUGACGAGCCCGGCCAUCGGCGCCUACCUGUCGGCCCGGUACGGCGACAGCCUGGUGGUUCUGGUGGCCACCGUCAUCGCGGUGGCCGACAUCGCCUUCGUCUUCUUCCUGGUUCCGGAGUCGCUGCCGGACAAGAUGCGGCUGUCGUCGCCGGGCUCCCCCAUCUCCUGGGAGCAGGCCGACCCGUUCGCAUCUCUGCGGCGGGUCUGGAAAGACCCGACGGUGCUGCUGAUCUGCGUCACCGUGUUCCUGUCCUACCUGCCCGAAGCGGGCCAGUACUCCAGCUUCUUCCUCUACCUGAAGCAGGUGAUCCAUUUCUCCUCUGAAGCCAUCGCUGCCUUCAUCGCCAUGGUGGGAAUCCUCUCCAUCAUCGCUCAGACCCUCUUCCUCAGCGUCCUGAUGAGGACCAUCGGGAAGAAGAACACGGUUCUGCUGGGUCUGGGCUUCCAGCUGCUGCAGCUGGGCUGGUACGCCUUCGGCUCAGAGCCGUGGAUGAUGUGGGCAGCGGGAACCGUGGCGGCCAUGUCCUCCAUCACCUUCCCCGCCGUCUCUGCUCUGGUGUCGCACAACGCGUCAGCUGACCAGCAAGGUGUGGUCCAGGGGAUGAUCACAGGGAUCCGCGGCCUCUGCAACGGUCUGGGUCCGGCUCUCUACGGCUUCAUCUUCUUCCUCUUCAACGUGGAGCUGGACGCCGUGCAGCUGGAGCCAGGAGGCGGAGAGCAGAACAGCCAGAGGUCCGUCAUUCCGGGUCCGCCCUUCCUCUUUGGAGCGUGCGCAGUCAUCCUCGCUCUGAUCGUCGCCGUCUUCAUCCCUGAGAACCACCGACUCGCCGACGCCAAGAACCCGACCACCAACGGCUCCACCGCACACGCUCAGACCGGCGGCGCGCUGGCCACGCCCACCAGCGACGCCGAGGACAUCGAGCCGCUCCUGCAGGACAGCAGCAUGUGACCGACCGUCGGCCAAUCAGCGGCUCCGACACGGGACUGAUGAUAUUUAUAAGUUUAUAUUCCGCCGUAGCUUCACUUCUCCUCCUGCUCUGAUUGGCUGAGGCGUUCUGUCUCAGGUGAGCUGAGGCAGGUGCACCCAAAGGGCUCUGUGGGGGGGGGGCUUCAAUGUUUGUUUAACCUGCCUGAUCUGAGCUUUAACCCGUCCAGAACCGCCACCUGCUCGGCACAGGUGAGCAGGAGCCGAGCCUCCGGCUAAAGGUUCACAUUUCAGACGCUGCUGAAACGCAUCGUGAUGCAUUUAGGUGCAUUUUUUCCAGUCAGGACGUUUAGGUUCUGUUAGUCGCUGAUGGACCAUGAUGUACACCAUCAUCAUCAUCGUCAUCAGGUCCAGAUCCUCCUGUGUUUGACUCCUCGACCCAUUUUGAGCUGACAGUACCGCCCGCCUACAGGCAGGUGGCGCCCUCUGCCUCCCUGUAGCUGGACUUGGCCUGAAUCGGGUCAUGAAGAACCAGGCGGUGCCGUUUGGUUCUGGUUUUCUCCGGCUUACAUCACGUCUUUGUUUUUUUUUUUUUGUUUUUUUUUUACGCUCUAACAUUCCUCAACGCCCCUUAGAAACCGCCCCGUUACCGUGGUUACGGCUACCGUGGUUACGGCCAGUGGAGGCUGUAUCCUAGCAACAUCUGUACGAGCGGCGGAUGUUUCUGAGGAUGAAAAAAAUUGGGUCAUAGAAGAAGCCUGAGGUUCUGCUGGGUGACCGCUGUUCCAGUCUGGGACCCAAACGGAUCUCCAGAACCUUUUUUAGCUCCUGAUGGCGUCUCUGGAUCAGACGGCAGCGUUUAUUUACUGGAUCAGAACCACCCAGGAGUCCAGAAACGAGGCGGACGCAGGUGUAGCUUCAGAUCCAUCUGAGUGGUUCCCGUCAGUCUCUGGUUCUGGAUGGUUCUGAAGAACCUUCAGCUUAACCUGGCUUUAAGGUGGUGUCAUGUCUCGGAUGGGUCCAGAACUCGAUCUGAUGUGCUGAGCAGAUGGUACCGAAGGUCCGUCUGGACUCAAAGUCUUUGUUUUUAUUUAACCAAACGUUACUUUCAGUAGAACUUUAAGCGAACACAGAACAUGUUCUGGUUCUGUUUCAUUUUAAUCUCCCAGCAUCCUCAGCUGCUCCGGUCCGGCGGUACCGUCCGGCUGCUGAGACGUUGGACCAACUUGUUCUGUUCAGAGGCUGAAGUCGGAUUUUAUUUGGGUUAAUUUUUUUUAUCAUGUUUGCAGCGGAACCAGAGAAAUAUGCAGAUGUUCUCCACACGUUCCUCCUCCUUCAUGACGCAGAACGUCUGCAGCACUUUAACCGCUCUGAACGCGUGCCUCUAAUCGUCCUCCAUGUUCUGUUUUUAUAGAAAGUCAGUGUUUGCAGUUACUGUUUUAUCUGAAGGUCAGAAUUUUGAAUAAUAUCACUGAUGAUGAUAAUAAAGACAGAUGUUUGAAGUCA